GUUUGAACUCUCGCGAUGACUGACUCGGAAAAAUGACGUCCUGUCAACAACACUAAAGUGCGAAAGCAUACAUGAACAAAUUGUUAAGUGGCAUGCCCCAAAGUCCUACUGAAUAGCCAUUCAGCCAUCAGUGCCCGCAUCCCGCUGUCCCCAUGACAACCCCUCCUCUUGCCCCGUUUCCCGGGCAACAGGCUCAGACAGCGCGUGAUGUGAACACAGCCUCACUAUGUCGGAUCGGACAGGAGACGGUGCAGGACAUCGUCUUACGAACCAUGGAGAUCUUUCAGCUGCUUAGAAACAUGCAACUGCCGAAUGGAGUGACUUAUCAUCCUAACACUCAUCAGGAUCGGUUGGGGAAACUGCAAGAGCACUUGCGGAUGCUCUCUGUCCUUUUCCGCAAGCUCCGUCUUGUUUAUGACAAAUGCAAUGAGAACUGUGCUGGUCUAGACCCCAUACCACCUGAGCAACUUAUUCCAUAUGUAGAAGAUGACAGCUCUAAACUGGAUGACCGUAUGGCCAAUGAAAUGCGUGCAGCAAGCGAAGACAGGAGAGAAAUACUGGAAAUUAAAAAGGACCAACUUGGUACCGAAGUACCGGUACUUUUGACAACACUUUUCUGGCCCCAUGGAAACAAGGAAUUGAUCACGUUCAUGAAAACAAUGAAACUCAAACAGAAGAACCAACAGCUAAAGAUGAUUAUGGACCAGCUGAGAAACCUCAUCUGGGAGAUAAACUCCAUGCUGGCGGUCAGGAGUUGAAACGUGCUUGUAUACACAAAAACACA